AUAAUAGUGCCCCCCACCCUUUUCAUCGUUAGUCUACAGUUUCUUUAUGUAUGAAACAGGCUUUAGUAGUCAGUAAAAGUUAUUCAAUAAUCUCCACGAUAAACCGGAAAAUUUUAAAAGAAGAUGGAGCAACCCCCUUCUUACACCAAUGAAAAAGAAAACCCAGCCCAAUAUUCCCCGCAACAACAAGAACCUCAAAAUCAAGGUUAUCCACUCCAAGAUUACCCCCCACAAACUUAUCCACCUCAUGGUUACCCCCCACAAACUUAUCCACCUCAAGGUUACCCCCCACAACCACCAACAGGAAUGAUACAACAGCAGCAGAGUAACAACACAACAGUUGUUGUCCAAAACCAACCUCAGCCUGCAGCAGUAACAACAAUGAUUCCAGAUCACAUGGGACUGUCCAUUUUUGCAUGUCUUUGUUGUUGUUGGCCAAUUGGUAUUUGUGCCAUCAUAAAGUCAUCUGAGGUAAGAAAUCUUUACGAUACCGGUGACUAUGCAGGUGCAAUUGCAUCAGCAGAAUCUGCGAAAAAACUGGCUGCUAUUUCUAUAGGCAUUGGAAUGAUUUUUUAUGUAGUGGUAAUAUUAUACAAUUCUUUCUAAACUAAAUGUACCAUUGUCACCCUUAUGAUCUACCAUGUAUGAAAACUUAAUGCACCAUUGUCACCCUCAUGGUCUACCAUAUAUGAAAACUAAAUGCAACAUUGUCACCCUUAUGAUCCACCGUAUAUGAAACCUUAAUGCACCAUUGUCACCCUUAUGAUCUACCAUAUAUGAAACCUUAAUGCACCAUUGUCACCCUUAUGAUCCACCAUAUAUGAAACCUUAAUGCACCAUUGUCACCCUUAUGACCUACCUUAUAUGAAAACUUAAUGCACCAUUGUCACCCUUAUGAUCUACCAUAUAUGAAAACUUAAUGCACCAUUGUCACCCUUAAGAAUCAUACCAAGUUUUCAUGUAUUCGUUAUUAAUAAUUACUUCAAUACUUAUAAAUAAACAUCAGUUUGUAUAAUAAAAUUGUUUUCUUUUGUUGCAA